AUGACCGACUUCCAUCAGAACAGCUGGGGUAACCAACAACAGGCGGCUUUCUCGCCCAUGGACCCCUCAUUCCAAUGGGACUAUUCGACUGUGCAGUCACCCAAGAACAUGGUCAAUCACUACAACGACCUCCUGCAACGGGCGGCAGACUUCUAUGCCAGCCUUGAUAACUCGUUCGAAUCAAUGUCUUCGUCAGGAUCCGACAGAUCUUACCGAUCAAGUCCCGAUCGUCGCGUUUCUUCUGCCAGCAACGUGGUGGCCCAAGUGAAAAGCUCCAUCCCAGACAAGAUUGAGAGACGACGAGAACAAAACCGUUCAUCUCAGCGAGCAUACCGCGAACGCAAAGACCGACACCAGAAGGAGCUUGAGGAGCAGAUCACCCAAUGGCAACAAAAGCAUCAGCUAUUGACUCGUUCCUAUUCAGAGCAGUCAAGCGAGGUGGCUAGGCUCAAGACCCAGAUCGAACAACUCAACAACGAAAUCUCCAACCUCCACAAUGGUCUCCCAAACCUCUGCGGCUCCCUCUGUCAGUCACCUCAAGAGUUCGACUUGGUUCCAUUCUUCGGAAACGACAUCCCAAGCGCUCAGAGCACGCCUCGCCUAUCACAUGCAUACCCUCCACGUCGAGGGUCAUAG